GAAGUUGCGCAACAUUGGAAAAAACACACAGACCAGUCCACCACAUUUGUAAAACAUAUCGUCGUAGAGAGGCGUAAAUACUCACGCAGCUCGUGUUUUGUGACACAAUGAACGACACGGUGACUCGUUCGACUUAUAUUCGUAAACUCCCCUACAGUGUACUUCGUCUGGUGUCCGACUUUUUAGACCCACAGGACAGGUGGAAGGACGUCAUCAUUUCCAUCCGGAAGUCCAACGGCGAGUUGCGCUACACUCAGCAUCAUGUCAGGCGUUUUGAGGGCCUUGUUGCUCAGGGGAAGAGCCCCACAGUGGAGCUGCUGCGUGACUGGGGCAUGUUGAACUCCACAGUGGGAGAAUUGGCGGACAUUCUCAAGAGUCACAAGUUGCUGGCGGCCGCCAGUGUGCUGUUACCUGAAGAGGCGUUCUCUACAGAGACACCGGAUGUCUGUCGUGCAGCAGAAACCAGCCGCGCACCUCCAACUUUGCCGACCUGGACGGUGGCUGAGACAAAGAGGACAACGUUAGCGCCCGUUGCUCAUGAACGGCAGACUCCCGUCCAGCUGCAGAAUGGUGACCCAGACCAGACACAAGGUUUCACUAAUUUCUCCUACAACGAGCUCAUGGAAAUCACCGGAAACUUUGAUGAGCGUGCCACGUCCGACGGCGGCUGCCGGCUCGGGGAAGGAGGCUUCGGGACCGUCUUUAAAGGUUUUCUGCGGGACAAACCUGUGGCUGUGAAAAAACUCAACCUGAUCGACGACAUCUCGCCCGAUGAGCUGCAAGUUCAGUUCAACCAAGAAGUUCAAACGCUGACAUUAUUAAAACAUGAAAAUCUGGUGGACAUGGUGGGCUACUCCAGUGAUGGACAAUACCCGUGUUUGGUGUAUGCCUUCAUGGCUAAUGGAUCCUUGCUGGACAGACUAGCUUGCUUUGAAAGUAGUCCUCCACUGUCCUGGCGACAGAGGUGCUUGAUAGCUGACGGCACAGCAAGAGGUUUGGAGUAUUUGCAUAGCAACCAUCAUGUCCACAGAGAUGUGAAAAGCGCAAAUAUCCUGUUAGAUGAAAACUUGGUGGCCAAAAUCUCAGACUUUGGCCUGACGAGAGCCUCGGCCAAGGGUACCACGUCGACUGUGAUAACAGAAAGGAUCGUCGGCACCUGUGCUUACAUGGCACCCGAGGCACUGAGGGGGGAGAUCACGCCGAAAUCGGAUGUCUUCAGCUUUGGAGUGGUGCUGUUAGAAAUACUGUCCGGACUCUCUCCAGCAGAUAAAAGCCGUGAGCCGCAGCUUUUGAUGGACAUGAGGCACGACAUUGACGACGAAGACGAGGAGCUCACUCUGGAGGCCUUUGUGGACAAGCGCAUGAGCGACUGGGACAUGAGUCAAGUGCAGAGCGUUUACUCCGUGGCCGGCAACUGUCUCCACGAGAGGAAGAACAGGCGGCCGCUCAUCGCACAGGUGCUGUCCGAGCUCAAUGGAGUGGUCAAAAACAUUUCACUGGAGUCUCACGCGUAGGACUAAAGGUGACGACAUAUAAUUAUGAAUGUAAAAAUAUAUAGCAUAAGAGUUGACCCUGAUUGACAGGCUUAAGUGUUUUGAAAUGCUUACCGUGUACAAUCACACAAACGUCAUUCACCUAAAUCGGAUACAUGAGCCAGUAUGCCAGCAAAAAGGUCAGUGCACCACCGGUUAGUCUUUCCUGACUGUUAAGUGCUGAUCUGCGAUUUAUAUUCCAAGUCCACGCGCUUGUCAGGCUUCUGACUCAUUUGCAAAUGGAAAUACUCUUGAGUCUUUGCGCAUGGGGGGGAAAUCCAGACGGAAAUGGACCCGAGCAGAGCAUCCAUUCAUUCAUUUUUUUGAUCCACUUUAUC